AUGGGUCUGGGAAUAUAUGUUAAAGUCAAUGGAAACUUUCGUGCUGUAGCAGAAAUAUACAGUAUUUCAGAAGCACUAGGAGGUGAAGCCAUGCAAUGGGUUGCAACAGGCUUAAUUAUCGUCGGAAUCUUUACAGCAUUGUUAGCUGCUUUUGGUUGUUUAGGUGCUAUUUUACGCAAUCGAUGUUUCCUUUAUUUAUACUGCCUGUUUCUUACGCUUAUUAUACUUUUCGAAUUUGCUGCUGUAAUAUCAACAUUGGUAUUUCGUAAUACUUUAUAUAGAUCAUAUGAUUCUGGUCUUAUGGAAGUAUUUCAACAUGGAUAUGGUCAAAAUAACACUGAAGUAAUAAAAAUUAUCGAAAAUUUGGAACGGCAAUUCAAAUGCUGUGGUGUUGAUGGUCCUGUUGAUUACACGAGAUAUGGUUAUAAAAUUCCUCAAUCAUGUUAUCCAUCUAAAACAAUAUCUGCUUUUCCUUACUCCGAUGGAUGUGCACCGGCUGUUGCCAUUUGGAUAUGGAAUCAAUUACCUAUCAUCGCUGGUGUACUAGGAAGCAUUUUAUUCAUCGAAAUCUUCGGUGUAAUUUCUUCUCUAGUACUUGGUGUAGCUAUAUCCCAUUCAUCACAAGCUGAUUACUAUCAAAAAUUUAUAAAUUAA